UACCAACGUGUGCUUGUUUCAAAUAAUUUUACACGUUCAGCUGCUGGCAGGGGUACUCGGUAGGUGCGCCCUAAACAAAGCUGAGUUUGCGAGGCGAGAACACUGGAAAGUGCAUCUUCCAAUACGGAGAAAAGGUGAACGUGAAGGGACCUCUCGUCAAUUCUGAACUAUGGAGCGCUCAAAACAGAGUCACGACAAUCAAGCUGACAGUAGACCGACUACAAACGAAAGUUCUCUAAACGGACACUUUGACGGCUUGGUAAAAAAAGACACCCGGAAUGUGGGAUGUCAAGGGACGGGGACCGCCGGUGAGUCGAGUUCGCAUACAGGGUCGUCAGUCGUGGAAAACUGGAAGCAUGAGCGCACCCGAAGUAUAGAAGACAACGAGAUGAGCUUGCCUAGUCUGGCAGCUGCUUAUACCACUAUUAUCCGGGGACUCGGCGAAGACCCGCAAAGACAGGGACUUCUCAAAACUCCCUGGAGAGCCGCAACUGCGAUGCAGUUCUUCACCAAGGGAUACCAGGAGAAAAUAAUAGAUGUGCUGAACGAUGCCAUCUUCGACGAGGACCACGAUGAGAUGGUUAUCGUGAAGGACAUCGACAUGUUCUCCAUGUGCGAGCACCACCUGGUGCCCAUCUUUGGCAGGGUCCACAUAGGCUAUCUCCCCAAUAAAAGGGUGCUGGGCCUCAGCAAGCUGGCCAGGAUUGUUGAAAUCUACAGCCGUCGACUGCAAGUUCAAGAGCGGUUGACCAAACAAAUCGCUGUGGCGAUCACUGAAGCUCUGCAGCCUGCUGGGGUGGGCGUCGUCAUCGAGGCAACUCACAUGUGCAUGGUGAUGAGGGGGGUGCAGAAGAUGAACAGCAAGACUGUGACCAGCACCAUGCUGGGGGUGUUCCGGGAGGACCCGAAGACACGGGACGAGUUCCUCACCCUAAUCAGGAACUGAGAGGGACGGCUGGCCCACAAACCUGCUGCCCAGCCCAGCGCAGACCCCUCUCCCUGUCGCCUGCCUGGAGCUAGAGCAGUCCACACAGCAGUUUUGGUACGAAGCCUGGAGUCCGGGCUUGCAGAGUGUAUGUGAGUUGUGUGUAUGUGUGUGUCUAUCCCUCCACCCCCUUCCAAAUAAUCACACACAUCACAUGGUCGCAUGACAUAGCUGUCUUGUGUGUGUACAUGACAGUCUUACUAAACGGUGUCUGUCAGCUGGCUUAACCUAAACAUUAAUAGUUUGGAUCAAUGAUUAGUGUUUCUUAUGGUUACUUAAUUUAAAGGACUUUGAUCCUGUUAAAAACAUUAUUUUUUUUGUAACUUUUCAUUAGAUUGAACCUCCAAGUACGGUAAAGAUACUUACACCUACGUAGAAACAUCCUAACAUUAAAAUCAAUAUCUUUAUCCAAAGUAAGCUAUGCCCAGUAGGACCAUAUGUCAGUUUGACUUUUUAAUUUAUUUUAUUGAACCUUUAUUUCACUUGGCAAGUCAGUUAAGAACAAAUUCUUAUUUACAAUGACGGCCUAGCAAAAGGCAAAAGACCUCCUGCGGAGACGGGGGCUUGGAUUAAAAUAAUAAUAAGACAAAACACACAUCACGACAAGAGACAACACAACACUACAUGAGCCAAACCUAUUCAAAAGUGCCAAGUGCCCAUUUCACAUGGCAUCAUAUUCCUGCUCAAGCCAAAUACUCGCUUUCAAAUUUGGUAGCCACUACUUUAAAUACAGUAUACUGCACCCUGCAACUUCAGGGAACUAACAAUAAUGGCUUUCUGAGGGUUAACUGAAUAAAUCCUAUACAGGAUCGGUGUCCCCCCGGGGAACGGUUGAGCUGACGUAGGCUAAUGUGAUUCGUAUGAGGUUGUAAGUAACAAGAACAUAUCUGAUAUGGGCAGAAAGCUUAAAUUAUUGUUAAUCUAACCGCACUGUCCAAUUUACAGUAGCUAUUACAGUGAAAGAAUACCAUGCUAUUGUUUGAGGAGAUUGCACAGUUAUGAACUUGAAAACAUAUUAAUAAACCAAUUAGGCACAUUUGAGCAGACUUGACACAACAUUUUGAACAGAAAUGCAAUGGUUCACUGAAUCAGUCUAAAACUUUGCACAUACACUGCUGCCAUGUAUUGGCCAAAAUCUAAAUUGUGCCUAGAUAUAUAUUGGCCUUUUUAUUGCAUUUUAAAGAUGAUGGAACAAAAACAUGUUUUUUUCUUUGUAUUAUCUUUUACCAGAUCUAAUGUGUUAUAUUCUCAUACAUGAAUUUCACAUUUCCACAAACUUCAAAGUGUUUCCUUUCAAAUGGUAUCAAUAAUAUGCAUAUUCUUGCUUCAGGCCCUGAGCUACAGGCAGUCAGAUUUGGGUAUGUCAUUUUAGGCGGAAAUUGAACAAAAAGGGUCCGAUCCUUAAUGAACUGUGGUGUUCAAAUUAUGUGAGGUAAUGUCACUGUUAGUUUUGCAUUUGUUCUAUAACCAAAGGACCAAGGUUUCCAAGGGUGCAGUUAAAGUGACUGGAUGAUAACUGGCUAGUGCAAUGAAGGAUGACCAGACGGGACUAAAAAGUGUCCAUUUUAGGUCACCCUGUCUUAAUAUGGACACCCUAGAUUAUUCGCUAAUAGUCUCACUCACUAUUGUAGUUAUUUGUUGAAAAUGUCACAAUAGUACAGAUUCACAGACGUGUGACUGAUAGUCUGCUUUCUCUGUAUCCCCCAAGUGGGCAUUUCACCAUUCAGAGAGGAUUUCUAUUGGGCACCCCUUUGUAUCUCUCUGUAAGUUGUAAUGGCCUAUGUGCGUGUGUAUUUGUUUGUGUGUGUUGAAGGCCAGCCCAGUAUAUAUUCUGCUGUCCUGCCUUACUGAUUUUUCACUUGAUAAGUAGAGUUCACUUCCGACAAUGAAUUUGAAGAGACUAGACGCAAAGGAAUCGGCUGUCUCCACUCAUCUCUUGGAAAAGAAACAUGUUUUACUCUCUUACCCUUCUAAUGUCAAUUCUGUUACACUUCUAAAUAUCUACGUAUGUCUGUGUAUAAAUGUUUCAGAAUUGUAGUUACCUUUUUAAAUGUUAAAAAUAUUCUGCAGUUUAGAGUACAGUACAUCCCUCUUUGCUACGUCACAUAUAUUGUAUGUAUGCAAUUUCAUGUAUUAUCUUAGCAAAUUAGGGAUAUUAAAAUAUAGUAACCUACAUGAAAAUGACGUACAGUGUAAGGAUAAAUAGGUUUAGUAGCAAGGAACAUGUAUGCUGAUGAGCGCUAUACUUUUUUAUUUAUUGGAAAUAUAUAACACUCAUAUUGAAAUGGGGAGGUUUUAACCAAUGCGAUUUGAUCAUUGGGGUACUGUGUGUGUGUUUGGAGUAGAUGAGCGCUAUAGUCAGUCAGACAGCUCCUGCAUCAUCUCUGUGGCCGCCUUUAGGAGGAUUUGUUCUUUGGGUUCCUUCACUACUGUCGUUUACAUUACACUUCUUACUGUGUUCAUUUGAAAGAGUUUAACAAAGCAAAAUAAAUCUGUGUGUGAACUAGGAA